UCGCUGACUGCCUCUAGUCGAUAUAGUCAGUUGACAUUCAAACGAGAAGUGGAGCAGAUGUAGAUAUUAUAACUGCAAAUGUUAAUUUUGUGAUAAAUAGAUUACAAGUGUUUCUACUUUCUUCAUUUAUUCUUUAUUCGUUAUUUAAAUACUUAUAAAUAUGUCACGAAAACCUAAUGGAAAGCACCGUAGACAUACUAUGAGAGAGAAAUUCUCAAGUACACCACUUCACAAUGUACCUUUAAAACAAUUUAACAUAUCAUUAUCUAGGAUUGAUACAGGUUCUUCAUCAAACGAAGAUAUACGUAAUUGGAAAUUACAGCAACAGUCACAGAUUUCAGAGAAGCAAAAGAAAAGCUCAAAAACAAAUAAGAAAACGAUAAAAAGGAAUAAGCGAGUUAUAUCUCAAUCGAAAGUCACUGAAUGGGUAACCGAAUCGGAAGAAUCCAUCAAUGAAUUUUUAAGUUCACAAGAAUCCAAAUCCGAUGGUGCUUCGAUGUGCAUUAAUUUAUUUGAAAGCUCGCGUACUCCGGAAAAAACUCGAGAUGCACCGAUCAGGUUCGAAGAAAUUCUACAGAAAUCACCGAUUAUACAGUCCUCUAAAAGAUCGCGUUCAGUUUCAAAAGAGAUUAUCAUACGACAAGACCAGUUGCUGCCGGUGCAUGUACCAUCAGCAGACCAACGAAAUUGUUUAGAUACGGACGAGGAUGAGCUGGUAUUCCAUCAUGAAACCAAUUUGAAAACUUACUCUUCCGCACAUAAACGAAAGAGAAGCUUAGGAACCUUGGAACUAAAAUUUGGAGAUUAUAUGUAUCCUGUGCAAGGCUCAACAUUGAUAAGCGAUCAGCUUUGGAAUCAAUUUAUUGAAAAACAUUAUGGGAAGUCAUCACAUUAUUGGGCACCACUUUCCUCGCCAAAACCUGUCUUCAAAAAGAUAGAAAUUCCUCCGACUCCGAUUCCUCGGAGCAAAGAUUCGCGAAAAUGCUGUUCGUCCCGACGCAAGUCUGAACAUAAAAUCCAAUUAAAAAAAGGCGGACAAAUUCGUAAGAGAAGCAAAGUGAAACGGAAGAAGGAAAUGUUAAUAUUGCCAUCGGCACGAAGACAAAAAGGUGAUACUGAUGUGUAUGAUCAAUCCGAUGAGACAGAUAUUGAGUUUGAAACUAGCGGCAAAGGUAAUAAACAUAUGUCUCUUUCGGAAUUUUGUCACAAGCAAAAUGGGAAUAAAGUUCCCAAUAUAAUAUCUUUAACAUCUUCAGAGUCGGAUGCCGAAUAAAUCAGAGUUUAUGUAAUUAUUACUCUAUUUAUACAUUUUGUAUACACUUUUCAUGUAUCAAUUUACAUGUAUCAAUUUACAUUUGUUGUUGGAAUCAGUUUAUUGAAAAACAUUACGAAAAGAUAUCUCAUUAUUUAGAACCACUCUCUACGCGAGAACAUGUGUUCCAAAAGUUUGAAACCGAUUUAAUUCCUCCGAACAUUCAAUUCAUAAAAGACACGGAAUUCACAAGAGAAGCAAAGCGAAACGUUUUCUUUCGUUUUUUUUUGCUUUUCUUGUGAAUUCUGUGUCCGCCUUUCCCGAAUUGAAUUUCGUGCUUAGAAUUGCGCCGAAACUAAGCUCAUUUUCGCGAAUCUUUGCUCCUGUUUUCCCGAAUGCAUUCGAUGUUCAGAGGAAUCGGAUCGGUUUCAAACUUUUUGAAGAUAAGUUCUUGCGUGGAGAAUGGUGCUAAAUAAUGAGAUAUCUUGCCGUAAUGUUUUUCAAUAAAUUAAUUCCAAGGAAGGAGGAAACGUUAAUAUUGCUAUCGGAACGAAAGCAAAGAAGUAGUAUAUAUCAUGAACUCGAUGAGACGGAUAUUGUGUUCAAAAUUGGCGACAAAGACAAUAAACUAAAGUUUAUUAACUCUAUAUCAUAGAUGAUAUGAUUCUUUCGGAAUUUCGUCGAACGCAAACUGCGAAUAAAGUUUCUAUCGUAAUAUCUUCAGAAGCGAAUGCCAAAUAAAUCUAAGAGUGUAUUUAAUUACUUAUUCUCUUUAUACAUUAUAUAUAUAUAUAUUUUUGUAUAAACUUUGUUUGCAUUAUUUAUAUUAUUUAUACUAUCUAUGUAUUGAGUGUUCGCUAUAUCUUUGACGAUCAAACUUUGUAUAAUCAGGAUAUUUAAGAAAUAAUCAAGGAAUUAAUUGCAUAAAUAUAAGAAAAACUGUGUGCGUAUUUAGAGUUACUUUAUAUUGUUUAAAAUAAAAAAUAUCGAGUGAUAAA